GUUCUGAUAUUAGUUCUUCUUCUUCUAUUAGAAUAAUAAGUCCCAAUAGCAGUGAGUUAGAUUUUCAAAUUGUUCGCCGUAAUAUAAUGCAAAAAGAUACAAAUAUGGAUGCAGACAUUCAACAGAGUGAAUCACAGUUAGACUCACUCAACGUGCAACAUCGUAAAAGUGCUAAAUAUGUGUCUGAAGAAGUACAAGUGUUUGAUAACAGUUCUAAUGAUUCUUUGUUCUCAGUUGGUAACAGUACUAAAAUUAGGCAAAAAAGCAGGUCUAAUAUGUCUGUUAACCAGUCAAAUUCUGUACCAUUAAUUGUUCACAACGUGGAACUGAAUAACCGCCCACAUCGUCUUAUAAAAAACAUUCUUCCCAGUUGUUAUUUCAAAUCAUCUGUGCAAGCAAAUCCGAUUGAAGAGGAUGAACCUGUCGUUGUUGAUGAAAAUGAUUCCAUAAAAUAUCUGAGCUAUUCAAAAGACCAGAGUUUGCCAUUCAUCAACUUGUCUAUAUUAAACAAGUUAAUUUAUCAAAAUUACUUAAAAAUUGGAGUUUUCGUUGUAAAAAUUACACCUCCGUUAACAGGCUCAUGGCAAGAGAAAUGUGUGAAGGCGCGUUGUCCCAAUUGUCACAAGUUGUUUGAUGUCUACAAUGCUGCAAAUAACAAAUACAGUGAAAACACAUCCUCUGCUGCUCUCUCAGUCGGCAGUCACAUCGUGUGUCCGGAUUCUGAAUGUUGUAACCAAAUACUGAAAAACCCUGAGUUCCAGAUCUCGGUAGAUAUGAAGUUGAAGGAUGGCACACCACUUUCAGCGCUAAUAGGAGCGAAACACGCAGAAGAAGUACUAGGUUGCACUGCACAGGAAGCCAUAACAGAUACAAAAAAAUUUGAUAAGGUUGCAGAGAUUUUAAAAAAUCUUGAAAGUAAAAUUUCUAAUGAGCACUUGACACAAGUACACUUAACCAGGGAGAAUAUUUGUGAUCCUAAGUCUGGACCUUUGCACAUACAAAAAAUUUACAUUUAAUGUAUGAGUGGGACUUAUGUUUGUGUAACUUAAAAUAACACUGUGUUUAUACCUUCAAUAUUGACGGUUUUUUAAAUAUUUUUGUUGUGUGUUGUCCACUAAUAUUGAAUGCCAGUGUAAUGUAACAUUUGCAAAGCUCUAAUUUACCCGCUGAAUCUACCUAAAGUAAUCUUUGAACAUAAUGUGCACCAAUUUACCUUCAUACCAAAGAUUUUCAUGUCAUGAUGCACAUUUGGUGAUAGGGUACCUAAAGUACUAGUUAUUAAAUCAGGCAAAUGGAAGUGAACACACUGUUAUCAGAUGUGAAUCGCAAGCUACGGUCAAGAAUCGCCUGUUAUUGAGCACUUUUAGCACAGUGUUGACUAGUUCAAGCAUGUAACACUAGCUCUACCUCUUUCAUUGUUAAUCUGAGAUUUAAAUGGAAUCAAAUUUUAUUUUGAUUUCAUUGUGGGUUUAAAAAUAUGUUAAAUAGCACUCAAGAAAUAAUUGCAACAAAAAUAAUUUGUAGGUAAUUAAAAUUGAAAAUUAAUGAAUAUUGACAUCAUUGGUUGUGCCAAGUAUGUCUUAAAUCGUUAUAUUUGACAAAUAACUGAACAUUGAUCCUUCCUUGUCAUAAUGUAGGUUAAUUUCAUAAUUAAUAAAUUGGCAAGCAAAAUGUUUGGUCCCACUAGUUAUAAAUUUAAACUAACAUUUUUAGUAUACUUGAAAAUGAAGGCUUGACUUGAAUUUGUUUGUAAAUCAUACAAUAACUACUAGAAGUGUGAAUGCUGUGCUAUUCAAAUGUCUUAAGUAAAAAUGUUUAUAAAAAUGUUGUGAUCUUAUAAUGUUCUGGCACUUUUGGCAAAUCUGUAGAGAAAAGUGCUCUUAAAAAUGAUUGCCAAAACAUGUUAGUAAUAAAAAUUAUGAAAGGGGAA